AGAUUCUUCUGUUCCCUUUUUUAUAUUGCAAACCACCAGCCAUCUUCACUCUCCUAUCCUCUCUUAAACUCUGCAAAAGGGGUUUUCUAAGAAUCAAAGAAGAAUGUAUCGUUUCGCAACAAAUCUUGCUUCCAAGGCCAGGGUUGCAAGAAAUAGCACCCGCCAGAUUGGAAGUAGGUUGAGUUGGAGCAGAGACUAUGCAGCCAAAGACAUCAGAUUUGGAGUAGAUGCUAGGGCUUUAAUGCUUAGAGGAGUUGAAGAGCUUGCAGAUGCUGUUAGAGUAACUAUGGGUCCAAAGGGGCGUAAUGUGGUAAUCGAGCAGAGCUAUGGAUCCCCAAAGGUAACAAAAGAUGGUGUAACCGUGGCAAAAAGCAUCGAGUUCAAAGACAAAGUCAAAAAUGUUGGUGCAAGCCUUGUCAAGCAGGUUGCUAAUGCCACUAAUGAUGUGGCCGGUGAUGGUACUACUUGUGCAACGGUCCUUACUGGCGCAAUAUUUUCAGAAGGCUGCAAAUCAGUGGCUGCUGGUGUGAAUGCAAUGGAUCUUAGACGUGGGAUUUCCAUGGCUGUCGAUGCUGUGGUAACUAACUUGAAGAGUAGGGCUCGGAUGAUAAGCACAUCCGAGGAAAUCACACAGGUGGGCACAAUUUCUGCAAAUGGAGAACGAGAGAUCGGUGAGCUAAUUGCAAAGGCCAUGGAGAAAGUUGGAAAAGAGGGUGUCAUUACAAUUCAAGAUGGGAAGACAUUGUAUAACGAAUUAGAAAUUGUCGAGGGAAUGAAGAUGGACAGAGGCUACAUAUCUCCACAUUUCAUCACCAAUCAAAAGAAUCAGAAAUGCGAACUAGAGGACCCUCUCAUUUUAAUCCACGAGAAAAAGAUUACAAGCAUUAAUGCGGUGAUCAAAGUAUUAGAGUUGGCACUGAAGAAACAAAAGCCGUUACUAAUUGUUGCCGAGGAUGUCGAAAGUGAUGCAUUGGCGACCCUAAUUCUUAACAAGAUCCGUGCAGGCAUCAAGGUUUGUGCCAUAAAAGCUCCAGGUUUUGGAGAGAACAGAAAAGCUAACUUGCAGGAUCUUGCUACUCUCACAGGAGGCGAGCUUAUAACCGAAGAACUUGGUAUGAAUCUUGAGAAUGUGGAGUUGCGAAUGCUUGGCUCGUGUAAAAAGGUCACUGUAUCAAAAGAUGACACAGUUGUGCUUGAUGGUGCCGGUGAUAAGAAGUCUAUAGAGGAGCGAUGUGAACAGAUUCGGUCAGCAAUCGAGUCUAGCACCUCCGAUUACGAUAAGGAGAAGUUGCAAGAAAGGUUAGCGAAGCUUUCUGGUGGUGUGGCUGUACUGAAGAUCGGGGGCGCUAGUGACACUGAAGUUGGUGAAAAGAAAGAUAGAGUUACAGACGCUCUAAAUGCUACAAAGGCAGCUGUAGAGGAAGGAAUCGUACCCGGAGGUGGUGUCGCACUUCUUUAUGCAUCAAAGGAGUUGGACAAGUUACCAACCGCCAACUUUGAUCAAAAAAUAGGUGUUCAAAUCAUUCGAAACGCCCUUAAGACGCCGGUUCAUACAAUUGCUACAAACGCUGGGGUCGAGGGGUCUGUUGUGGUUGGGAAGCUUUUGGAGCAGGACAACACUGACCUUGGAUAUGAUGCAGCCAAAGGUGAAUACGUGGAUAUGGUGAAAAGUGGAAUUAUUGACCCGCUAAAAGUGAUAAGAACGGCCUUGGUUGAUGCAGCAAGUGUGUCCUCUUUGAUGACGACCACCGAAGCUAUUGUGGUUGAACUUCCGAAGCCUGCCGGUGAAGCGGCUCCGGCUAUGGGCGGCGGUAUGGGCGGUAUGGGCGGCAUGGAUUUUUGACCGGAGUUUUGAGUACUGAGACCACCGAUUGACAUGCAUUUUACUAACGGGAAUAAACGAUCAAUAUAUGAGAGUAAGAAGGGGAAGAUGUAGCUAGGCUAUGAGAAUAUGUUAUGGUAGAUUGAUAAAAAAAAUCACGUUCUUGUUGAGCAAAAUAUGAUAUGAUUGAUGUAAUUUUAUGCACAAAGUUUAUAUAUCUAUUGUUAAAGU